AUGCUUAUUGAACGUAGAGAACUCUUCGCAACUCAACAAGUCCCUCUUAGACUGGAAAAAGUUAGAAUAGAAUUGGUAUUGGGGCCGGGAGUGAAUGCUGAUGGGCAUUUGAGAACAGGCAAGUUUAUUUUACAAAAAGAAAAAGAUUAUAUUCUCCAAUGUAGAAUUGUUUCCGGAGAACUCCUUUUUGAGAAUUUAUUCCGAGAUGCUGCAAAUUUGAGUUCAUAUGUGCCUUUAGUGCAUCAAGUGACUUUGACGAAGCUGUCCGAGGCAAAUGGCAAAAAUACAAAUUUAAAAAAUUAAAAAAAUCUGAAAAAAA